UCUGGUACUUCGUCUAGUAUAUUUUGUUUACCAAUUUACUAGUGUUAGGCUACCAAUUUAGUUCAUUGUGCAACUCUGACGUGCUUUUGAUGCACUUAUCUUGCUGUGAUUUGACGAUAUUUCGUCAAUUCCAUUUGACAGGAGAGUUAAAGAAUCUUAGGAACGUUGUUGCUGAGGCAAAGGCCAAAGAUGUUAAGGUAGUCCCUGCUGUAGUCAAGCGUAUGUUAGAUAGGAACAUGUUUCUUUUUGGGUUUGUGGAUGUGAAUGAAAGCUCUGCUGCGGGAGAUUAGAUGAACUGUCAGAAGUACAAAAUGCAAGUAUCCAAAUAGCAUGCAAAAAGUUAUUUGCAAAUAGCCGGAUCGAGCAUUUCACCCACAUGGAUAUGGGAUUGGAGCUUGAGGUGGAUUUGCUCAAGCAAAACUCAGCAGAUUAUGCAAGUGCGAAAGAUCUUGCUAUUAAAGAGGCUAGUGACAUUGUGGAUGUAGAAAGUAUAAAGCACAUAGUAGAAAACCAGACAUUGAUAGGAGACGUGGUCGGGAAGACUGCUGAUGACUGGAAAGCUCAGAAGGAAUUAUUUUAUCAAAAAACAGGCAUUCUUCAUCAGCCUGUGAAAGACUCAGUUGAUGUUGUUGGAGAAGAGCAUGAUAAGUCCCAACAAGAAGGGGCUGAAGAGCAUGAUAAGUCCCAACAAGAAGUGGCUGAAGAGCAGGAUAAGUCCCAACAAGAAGUGGCUGAAGAGCAGGAUGACAAUGAAAACUUCAGUAAGGAACUUGAAGAAGUAUUAUUGUCUGCACAGAACGAAUCUAACUUCGAAGAAUAG